AUGUCAACAGAAUCUACUUGCAGUUUUAAUUCAACUGAUUGUAAAGAAACAAUUAAAUCAAUUACUAAUAAUACAAGAAUUUCAAUAACACAAAAAGAAUUUAUUCUAGCUGCUCAUAACCUUAAAAAUAAUGAAACUUGUUCUCAUCCAAAGCAUAAUGAAUAUAAAAAUAAAAAUGCUAAAAUUUGUAGCUUGUGCAGAAAAAAGACAGAUAGUGAUCCUGAUUAUAAUAUGUUAGAAGAAUACAAUGCACCAAUUUCCAGAAAACAAGAUGACAGUGAUAAUAUUUUAAAAGUAAGAAAUUAUACUUAUUCAUUCAGAAAAGAUGUUUUAUAUACUGGUGAAGAAUUAAAACAAAUUGAAUCAGAUUAUCAAGAAAUGAUGGCAUAA